AUGGACGUCAUCGGUCCCGACUGCGAGAGCAUUGCCGCCACCACGAUCUCCUUCGUCGACGACAUGUGGGAUGCCGCAUUCACGUUGGCCGACGACGAGUGGAAAGUGUUCGCUUUCGCGCCGACGGAUCCUCCCACCACCACCACCACCACGAUCCAGCCCUUCGACGACCUCGCGGCGCUCCUCGACCACACAUGGAAUGCACCGUUCUCGGUCAUGAUGGCUGCGUACACCGAGCCAAAUGCGUGGUGUGUGUCGCCGAGCAUCGACGAUUGGUAUCCAUGCAACCCAUCCGUCGAGCUCGCUGCCCCACCUCGUUCGCAGAUGCAGCCGGCGCCGCAUCUUGCUCCGUCGACGACGUACACCCUGUCGAUGGUCGAGCGGAUUCAGUCCCCGAUCGCCAUCCACCACCACCCAAUGUCGACCAAGUGCGUGGUGGACGGCUGCCCCAACGUGACGCCGUACGUGCGCGGCGAGUGCAAGCAGUUGCACCGAAACAAGCGCCUCUGCAACUUUGACGGGUGCCCGUCGGGUCCUCAAACGGGUGGGUUCUGCAUCCGCCACGGCGGCGGCCAUCGAUGCAGUGUCGACGGAUGCAACAAAGCUGUCCAAACCAAGGGAAAAUGCAAAAAACACGGCGGCGGCGUCCGCUGCACCGUCGACGACUGCAAAAGGAGUUCGCAGGGUGACAAGGCGUGCCGGUAUCACGGCGGAGGCAAGCGAUGCGUCGUGCCAGGGUGCGGCAAAGGCGUGCAACGCGGUGGGUUUUGUGCCGCCCACGGCCCCAAGCGGCCCACAAACCGGCGCCGACGCCGCGACGUGGUGUCUGGCGGCGCGUGUGCAGCGCAACGUGUGUGCUUGUAG